CAAGCCAAAAAUUCGAUAAAACAACAACAACAACAGUGUAGAGUGGUGUACAAUCUGUUCUUUGAUUUUGGAUAUUUAAACGAGUUUUCGCAGGUGUAAAAGGCCUAAUUAAUUAAAUAUCUAGAGAUACCAUCAAACUUAACUGAGUUCAGUACAUGACAACCUUCGAAAUCUUCAUUUCUUCAGAUUUACAACUAUACCGUUUGUGGCAUCUAGAUUUUUGUGUGGUUCAAACAGUCUGAGGACCCCAGUGCACAGUAACCUGAUCGUGGGACUCUGGUUGUACACCGAGUACGUCAAGAGGAAGUAUGACGAGGCAAUUGUUGUGUUUGAUGGUUAUGAGGGCACAUCUACGAAGGACAUGACGCACCAGAGACGAGCAUGUGGAAGGACUGGAGCAACCGUGACUUUUGAUGAGGAUAUGCCUGUUACCAUGAAGAAAGAAGAGUUCCUCGCAAACAGCACAAACAAGCAGCAGUUCAUUAACAUGCUCAGUGGUCAUCUGCAGAAGAAUACCUGUCAGACUUUUCAUGCCCCAGGUGAUGCUGAUCUCCUCAUAGUACAGAAAGCAGUGGAGUCUGCCACCACAAGAAACACUGUGCUCAUUGGUGAUGAUACAGAUCUGCUCAUACUCCUCAUCUACCAUACCAACCUCGAUACACAUGACCUCUUAUUCAAACCUGAGCCAGCUACGACAUCCCGCCUCUAUGGCAUUGGUAAAGGAGCUGCCAUAAAAAAAUUAAUAACCAGUAAUGUCUUCCGUCUGCAAGCUACAGUGUUUGGCACAUCGUCAGCAUCCACUGCAGAUGUCGUGGCAGCAGGUGAGAAUGCUUUGGUGUGUUUGUACAAUGGGAAGCCUGGGGAGGGACUCAACUCACUACGGUACAAUCGUUUUUGUGAGAAGGUGGCAACUAGCUCUUCUUAUGUUCAGUUACAAAGCCUACCACCUACAUCAGCAGCAGCAAAAUAUCAUAGUCUCCGAGUGUACUACCAAGUGCAGCAGUGGAAGGGUACCGUUAAUAAUCUUUUGCCACAAGACUGGGGAUGGAAAGAGAGUGAUGGGUUGCUUUUCCCUGUCCAAACUGACUUACCACCAGCAUCACAGGAACUCCUGCAGGUCAUCAGAUGCAGCUGCAAGACAGAUUGCAGCAACCUGAGGUGCACAUGCAAGAAGCAUAACAUUGAGUGCUCUGUUGUAUGUAGCAACUGCAAAGGAUCAGGGUGUGCUAAUUCAUUUCAGGAAACUGAAUGUGAGAACAGUGAAUUUGACGAUCAUGAAAACAGUGACUAAGCAAGCAGACAAUGUUGUCCUACUAUAAAGUAAAACUGAUUUUUUCUUAAUAUUGAAAAAUAUUGUUUUCAAAACAAACAACUUUUUAUCAUUAUAAAUUAUUAUUGUGUUGAACAUCAAUGAACAUAUGUCAGGUCAUUGUAAGUGGAAAGUCUUAUCUGGGGUGGUAUUUAUUAUUCAACUUAAGUAAAUCUUAUGGUCAUACAUGAUUGACUUCAUUCACUAUAUUGGUCAGUUAUAAAUAGCAAGUAAUCCAAUUAGCUACAUCGUUCUUAGAUCCAUUUAAGAUUAAUAUAGAAUACCCCUGAUGGCAAUGUUCAUUUCACUAAUAAACCCAUACCAUUUUCCUAUGCUAAUAUGUGUUUAGCUAUUAAAAUAUUGUUAGAAAGUCGUUAAAUAACCUAUUAUAAAGUAGUAAAAACUGGUACCAGAGUAGGAUUAAGAAACAUUAUUUUUUAAUACUUUCCACCACUUGGAUUCCUUAGGACUUUUUUUUUGGUUAUAUAUGACACUUUUAUGAGUAAUAAACUCUUGUCAGAUAUUCUGUUGCAAUUUGUGGUAGGUUUAGCCCUUAUUUGUCACAAAAUGACUGUACUACUUCACCCCAACUCUUAUCAAGUCUGAAGAUCAUGCACAUUUCUAUAUUCGCAUCCACAAAUUUGGACAUAGGUCCCGAUUUGUGACCAUUAAACUAAUGGUAGUUCAGAUAAGAACCAAAACUAUGUCAGCCACGCGCCGAAGACUGCUUUAAGCUGUUUGAUCCACACUUAAGCUGGUUAUGCUAUCAUGGCAUUUGAGGUGGCAUAAACUAUUCAAUUUCUGGUGGUCCCUUGUGAUGGUAUAGAUAGAGAAGACACACGUAUUAUUUUUUAUCUCGUUUCAACGACUUAAGCAUCUUAUUUAAACGACUUAGUAUCUAGCAUAAACAACUUACGUGUCCCGUUAAAGAUACGUAGUUUUCGAUUUAGUUUCUCGUUAAAACGACUAAGUAUCUCGUUUAAACGACUUCCGAAUCCCGUUAAAGAUACUUAGGUUUCGACUUAUUUUCUCGUUAAAACGAGUUACGAAUCUCGUGAAAAUAACAGAUGUGUCAACUCUAAGCCACCGUAUCUCAGUAUAAUGUCUGCCCGUUUGAAGGUACGGAUUGCUGAUUAUUAAUAAGUAAUUACCCUAACAUUAAUUAUAGAUGAAUGAAUAAGCUAUGCACGUUCUAUGUUUUUAUAACUAAAAUAAGUCAUUGAGUGACCUCUGAAGUCAUAGUUCAAUUACUAAAUAAUAUGUGUUAGUUAUAAAAUACUAUUAUUAUGCUGAAUAAGUCUAAUCUCUAUACAUACAUUGUUUGAUAAAUAUAAUAAUAUCACUUGUAUGUGGUCACCAGAAAUCAGAAAUCUAAAGGGAUCGUGUGAUUGGUUAGUUCACGACCGAUUUCAGUUGAAAUAAUAAAAACUGCCGUACCUUCAUCUUUGGGCAUUCAGUCAUUUAUUUUUGCAUACUUGCUGUACCUCUACUCAAUCUAAUACUACUUAAACUACUUCUACAUCAACCACGAUGACAAAAAAACAACAUCUACUCAAUCUAAUACUACUUCAACUCCUUCUACAACAACCACGAUGACAAAAAAACAUCUACUCAAUAUAAUACUACUUCAACUACUUCUACAACAACCACGAUGACAAAAAAACAUCUACUCAAUCUAAUACUACUUCAACUACUUCUACAACAACCACGAUGACAACAACAUCUACUCAAUCUAAUACUACUUCAACUACUUCUACAACAACCACGAUGACAAAGAACAUCUACUCAAUCUAAUACUACUUCAACUCCUUCUACAACAACCACGACGACAAAAACAUCUACAACUCUAAUACUCCCACUACCAAUUAUUUUAAUAUUUCUGCUGAUACAACUAUAUCUACCAUACUUCCAGUAUACAAUACACAUAUCUUCAGGCGGUGUAGGGGGUAAACAUCCUGUAUAUCGGAGGUUUGUGUGGGGGUCUAUCUAGACAUUACUCUAUUGGAGGAUAUUGUUUUGUUUCAUUGGCUUUUAAACUUGUUUUCAACUCUACUGCUACUGUUACUGCUGCUGCUGCUGCUGCUGCUGCUGCUGCUGCUGCUGCUGCUAUUGCUACUGCUGCUGCUACUUCUA